AUGGUGGGCAAAGUACAGCAUUCAUCAAAAAUAAUUGUGAAUCUAUUUUACAUACAGUAUGUUACAAGCCUAGCUAGUGAACUUGAUGUAGCUUUGGGGUACAACUUAGAACAUGCAAACAGACUGAAAAUAGAGUAUGAAUUAGAUUGUAGUGAUAAUAAAAUAAAGCAUUUCUGGUUUCAGAAUAAAACAUUUUUUGUAAAACUGCAUGGAUUUACGUGUUUCACAUCAACAGAGACCACGUGGGGUGAAUUGAAGACGUCGGGAGCAUUUCUGGGUAAAGGUUCUGCUUUCCUGCUAGCCCAGCUAACUAAAACGAUUAACAAAAUCAUUAUGGAGUCAUCGUUGGAAAGUUAUUUUGAUGAAUCUAUUGAAAAUGAUGAUCUCGCAACAAAUGAUUCCCAUGUCUUUGAUUCUAUAAUUCCAUAUGAUGCAGACCUAACAAUUCAGGAGCCUUGUUAUACUCCUCAGCUUCUUCAACCUCAGGAAUUAUCUACAGAGCUUACUUCAGCCGAUCUUAGUUUUCUCAGUGAUGACCAAGACCAACAAGAUGAUGAUGAUGGAAAUGACUGUACUAGUCAGCAACAAACAAUAAAGCAGAGCCAACUGCUGACAGAUGUCAAGAAUAGUGAUGGUAUUGUUACACUUGGACCUGAAAAUAUUAGCCAGUUGCCAUACCAAUCAACAAAUGAAGGAAUUGCCACUCCAGUUGAUAAUGAAUCAUCAUCAAUUUGCCCAGUACCAAUGACUCCUAUGACACCUGUAACGCCAAUGACCCCAGUAGAAAGUUCUGGAAUAUGUCCCCAGUUACAAAAUAUUGUUUCCACUGUCAAUUUAGCCUGCAAAUUGGACCUGAAGAGAAUUGCUCUACAUGCAAGAAAUGCAGAAUAUAAUCCAAAGCGGUUUGCUGCAGUGAUAAUGCGAAUACGAGAACCCAGAACAACAGCUUUAAUCUUCAGUUCAGGCAAGAUGGUUUGCACGGGAGCUAAAAGUGAAGAACAAUCUCGGUUAGCAGCUAGGAAGUAUGCUCGUGUUAUUCAGAAACUUGGAUUCCCAGCAAAAUUUCUUGAGUUUAAAAUCCAGAACAUGGUUGGAAGUUGUGAUGUGAAAUUCCCCAUCAGAUUAGAGGGUUUGGUUCUUACACAUCAACAAUUCAGCAGCUAUGAACCAGAAUUAUUUCCAGGUCUUAUUUACAGAAUGGUUAAACCAAGAAUUGUUUUGCUCAUAUUCGUUUCUGGCAAGGUUGUUUUAACAGGUGCUAAAGUACGUUCAGAGAUCUAUGAAGCAUUUGAGAACAUCUAUCCCAUCUUAAAAGGGUUUAAGAAGACAUAAUGACAAAAGCAGGAUAUCUCUACAGACA